AUGUACCUUUAUUGGAAGGAAUCACAUUUGACCAUUGGACUCUUCAUAUUCGUCACAAAAUGGAUGGAAUGUUUAGAAAUGGUAAUGGCAACAUGGCAAAGGUGCUAGAAGGGAAAGUAGACGAGUAGACAGACAUUGUAUAACGAAAAAAGAAAAGGAAUAAACUGAACAUCAGUUAGUCGUUCUUACUCGAAAGGUGCAUUAAUUUAUAUCUGUAGCCCAAAAUAGUAUCGUCGUCCCUAGGCUAUAAAAUUCAAGAGAAAUCCAGAGCAACAAUAAAAUUCCACUUGCCUGCAGGCUCCGAUAAAGUAUUAUCAUCGAGCGAGCUAGUGACAGAGUCUUCAGGCAAGUCUUCUGCUCCCAUUGCGCAACCUAUUGUUAUCUAAAGAUGGGUCCAGCGGAGAUGUGCACGAAAUAUAUUACAUCAACAACUAUUUACUGCAUGGGUUUUUGGAACGUUUUUGAACCUGUUUUCGCGGCACGCACCAAUAGCCGACCGCAACAACACCCCCACCGCCGCCUAUUUACUCUUGUAAAUAGCGCACGUUAUGUAUUUAUAAAUAUAGAAAUCGCGGGCAGCGCCAGUGGUCGCCUCGUAUUUCCAAACCGAACGCUGCCGCCUCAGUCUCCUGCAGAUGAGCACGACGAAUUACACGCAAAGUUAAUAACAAUAACAAAUAAUAAAAAGACGAUAAAGAAAAACGGAUAGAAAGUUUGUUUUUCGAAAGAUAGUAAUUAAUAAGCGCAGUUACGAUUGGAGUGAGUGCCUGGGAAAAGGAGGAGAUUUCUUCGACCCACUUCCCUGCAAGCAGAAGCAAACUGAGACGCGGUCAUGGCUGAAGCCCAUUCGGCUGUCGCCUUUUCCUUUGCCAUCACCCACGAGGGAUGGGACGUGAACUUCGAUCGGGAAGUCCUAAAUUUAGUGUGGCAAUCCGGCAUUCGAUCAUGGAAGAAGAGAUUCGCCAGAUUCAUGAACAGCGUACACAAUGGAGUGUAUCCGGCUCACCUGUGGACGCUCUGGAUUACGAUGUGCAUUACUUCCGCUAUACAUUUCUCAGGAUACAAAGUGCCUUAUGAUUUGGUGACCAAAGUUAUGCCUCUGCUACCUGGAUCAUGUGUUAGAUGGCAACUGAUUGGAAGCAUGCUGGCUGCGAUGGGACUGUGGUUAUCUGUGAUAUUUACGAUGCGUUACAUGCUGAAAUUGCUGUUACUGUACAAAGGGUGGAUGUACGAAUCGCGCGCGAAGGGCAGCAAGCCUUCGACGUUCACCAAAUUUUGGUUGCUCGUGGUGCGCGUGUUCAGCGGAUGGAACACGCCAAAGCUGUACAGCUUCCAAGGUUCUUUACCCAAGUUACCGUUGCCUGCGCUUCACGACACCAUGACAAGAUAUCUUAGGAGCGCUCGUCCGUUGCUCGAUGAGGACAAUUACAAGAAGAUGGAAGGUUUGGCCUCUGAUUUCGAGAACGGUAUCGGUGUAAAAUUACAACGUUAUCUUGUUUUAAAGUCCUGGUGGUCGAGUAAUUAUGUGUCCGAUUGGUGGGAAGAGUACGUCUACCUGAGGGGACGCUCGCCCCUCAUGAUCAACUCCAAUUUUUACGGGGUCGACACAAUCAUGAUGGAUACGGACAAAGGGCAGGCGGCUCGCGCCGCCUCCGCCAUUAACUCGUGCCUGCACUACCGUCGCUUGGUCGAAAGACAAGAGCUGCAGCCUAUUCUAAUUCAAGGUUUAGUACCGCUCUGCUCAUGGCAAUACGAAAGAAUCUUUAACACUACCCGCAUCCCGGGCAUCGAGACCGACAAAAUCCAACAUUGGUCAGAUUCCAAUCACAUAGUCGUCUAUCACAAGGGAAGAUACUACAAAGUCAUUAUUUACAAGGGGAGAAUCCUGAAACCCAAUGAGAUCCAAGAACAAAUCGAGUACAUUUUGAAUGACGCCUCGGAACCUCUACCAGGUGAAGAGAAAUUGGCCGCACUGACUGCUGGAGAGAGGACGACCUGGGCCAACGCCAGGAGGGUGUACUUCAACACGGGCGUCAACAAAAUCUCCUUGGAUACCAUCGAGAAGGCCGCAUUCGUCGUCACUUUAGAUGACGUGCCCUACGAAUACGACUCAGCUGACCCCACAAAAUUAGACAAAUACGGAAAGACACUCCUCCACGGAAAAGGCUACGAUCGCUGGUUCGACAAAUCGUUCACGCUUUGCAUCGGCAGCAAUGGAAGACUGGGAUUCAACGCAGAGCACUCUUGGGCUGACGCCGCAGUUAUGUCGCACAUUUGGGAGCUGGUGUUGUGCGAUGACACCAUACGUAACCGGGCUGAUGCCGCUGUACUUUGCCAUGUUUGGGAGGAUGUAAUUAUGGACAAUAUUGAUAAGCGAUAUGAAAAUGAUAUGAAGAUCAAGGAUGUGACGCCGCCUACUCCGAUGAGGUUGAAGUGGGACAUGAAAUCGGACUGUCAAUCGGUGAUCGAGACUGCCGUUGUUUCCGCGAACAACCUCAUAGCUGACUUGGAUCUGAAGAUCUACGUGCACGAUGCGUACGGCAAGGGAUUCAUGAAGAAGGCUAAGGUCAGUCCGGACGCGUAUCUGCAGAUGGCUCUGCAGCUCGCUUACUACAGGGAUUCCGGCAAGUUCAGUCUGACCUACGAAGCCAGCAUGACGAGACUGUUCAGGGAGGGCAGGACUGAGACGGUGAGGCCCUGCACCAUCGAGUCUUCCGAAUGGGUGAAGUCCAUGGACGAUCCGAAGAUCUCCACCGAAGAGAGGAUAAGGCUUAUGCAGGCGGCGUGCGUCACCCAUCAGAAAGGAUAUCAAGACGCCAUGUGCGGUAAGGGCAUAGACAGGCACUUGUUCUGUUUGUACGUUGUUAGCAAAUAUUUGGAGGUGGACUCUCCGUUCCUCCAGAAGGUGCUGAGUGAGCCGUGGAGGUUGUCCACGUCGCAGACGCCGCACGGUCAGACCGGUCGCAUCGACCUGAAGAAACACCCGAAAUGCAUCUCCGCCGGUGGCGGAUUCGGACCCGUAGCUGAUGACGGAUACGGCGUUUCUUACAUCAUCGCAGGCGAAGACGUGCUGUUCUUCCACAUCUCGAAUAAGCGAAGCAGCAAUCAGACCGAUUGCCAUCGGUUCGCGGAUCACAUCAGAGAUGCUUUGGCCGACAUCAAGAGUAUGUUUGUAGAGCCACCGAAGCAAAACGGCAAAGCGUAAAGACAUAGGAGAGAGAGAGAGAGUUUCAUCAACUGAAACGUAAUUAGUAUAACGGUCAGAACGAAGCGAAGAGAAUCCCGUCUUCUUCGACUACUUCAUUUCUUUUUUUUUUUUAUCUACAUAUGAUUAUUAUAUGGUUGGUUUUUUUUAUAAUUGAUUUCAUUGACUAAUUCGAGUCUUCCUGGGUAUUAAGCGCGAUCGUUCGUUUAACUUUUAUUUACUAUUAAGAUAUAUACUACUAAGUCUUAAUAAUAUGCAGUAUCAAUGCAAUUUGUUUGUAUAUUGUUUCUAGUUAAUAUUAUCGAUAUCAUUUUCUUCUGCAAUUUCCCAUACUUCGAUUUAUACAUAUAUUAUUAUUUUUGUUUGUUGUAUCCCA